UAAUAUUUUGAAUGAACUGUCAUGAUUCGAGAGCGAUUUUUGCUGUUAUAAGCUACAGACAUCUACACGUUUAGAUAGGGGAUCAUAAACCGCAAUCACAAAUUAUUUCAAACCUCAAACAACCGGAACCCUUCCUGCAUCAUUUGUUUCCGCCCGGACACAACGGAAGCAAGCACCACGAGCGUGCUAUGUACACAGGAGUUCUCCAUGCUUAAUAUAUGAUAACACCAAUCUCUCAUUCGUAUGAAUGACGCAAACAUCCAGACAUUUUAACGGGCGUCGCGAACGAUUAAACGUAUUUUCUAAAGGUUGGAUAACAACAAGAAUCAGGAUUCAUUUGGCUUUACGGUCCAGCAACAAUGAAAAUCAAGCGUCAGAAACAAGCAAAGAAAACCAUCAGUUUCUACAAAUACAACUUCAGCUUCAGAGAGCCUUUUCAGAUCCUUAUCGAUGGGACUUUCUGUCAGGCGGCUUUAAAAAACAAGAUUCAGAUUAAAGAACAAAUGCCCAAAUACUUGAUGGGGGAAGUUCAGCUCUGCACUACAAACUGUGCAUUGAAAGAACUAGAGACUCUUGGUAAAGAGCUUUAUGGAGCCAAAAUAAUCCUGCAGAGGUUUCAGGUGAGGAAAUGUCCACAUUUCAAAGAUCCAGUCCCUGCUUCAGAGUGUCUUCUGUCAAUGCUGGAGGAGACCAAUCCACACCACUACUUUAUAGCUACACAGGAUCACACAGUGACUGCAGGCCUAAAGAAGAUCCCUGGCGUCCCUCUGCUCUACAUCAUCCUCAACACCAUCGUGCUGGACAAACCCUCGCAGACAUCCCUCGACCAUGUCCAGGCCGUGCAGCUGGGAGAGCUGGUGAGCCCUGCCCAGCAGCAGAGCAUCCGCAGCCUGAAAGAGGAGCAGGGUAUCGCUGCCCAAGACGGAGAGAGAAGAGGGAAGAAGAGGAAGAGGAAGCAGAGCAAUCCUAACCCUCUGAGCUGCUUGAAGAAGAAGAAGAAAGGAGUGCCAACACCCCCGCUGAAGAAGACAGUGGACGGGGAGAAGAGAAAAAGAAGCCGGCAUAAGAAACGGAAACCAGAGGGAGGAGAGAACAUGGCGGCUCCUGUGGUUGCAAAUGCAUAAUGAAGCAGGAUUACAUAGACUUAAGCCAUUUUUUCAUGUAUAAAUAAUAUAUGACAAUGCCUGAGGUGACCUAAUCCCAUCCUAAAAUGCAACUCUGCAGCCAUUUCUUGGUCUCCUGCAGGAGGCAUGAAUAAAGAAAGUUAAGCACAAAAAGACUUUUCAAAAUACUUCCAAUGGUAUUUGUUUUAAUUUGAAAACUUUCCAGCAGUUUCUAGGACUUACAGGUGCCAUACUGAAAUGUUCAAAAACAUACGAAGUGGUUAAACAUUUACUUUUGUACAUAAUAAAAAAAAGAAAGUUUACAGGCACAUGGUUUAAAUAGAAGAUGCACACAGGCUUUUCACAAUUUUCAGUCUUUAUGGAAGCUGAUUUUAAAAAACAAUUCAUUCAUCUGUCUUUGCAGAAGCACAAGAAGAAAUGUGGUAACAAUAUCUGUUUUUUACUGUUUUCUGAGUGAUAAGAAUGAUUUCUAUUACAUUGAACUGGGAUCAUUCGAUGUACGAUGAUGUCAAAGACUGAUUUUACAUGAUUUUUCCAUUCAGACUUCCAUUGAUUAUGGCAAGUUUUUUAAAUCAGAAAUAAACACAACUACAUCUCUUCUGAUAUAUCAACAAAUGAGAGUCAUCUUGAUUUAGCGCCUGAAGUUUUAUAGCACAAUUGAGGAACUGUCAUCUGUUCUUGACAGCUCGUAAUUAUAUCAAUUGAUUCAUUAUCAUGCAGGCUUGUUAGGGUGCCAGUAUUUUACCCUUUGAUAUGAUGCAAUUUAAAUCAAACGUUCUGACACCUCUGACAAAAAUAGAAGUCCUAGACAACAAAUGUUAGGUCAUUUUUUAUGUCUAAAGUUAUUAAAAAUUGCAGGCAAACUCUGGUAUGUAUGCUUUUAUGUUGCACCAACAAAAAUGCUAACAUAUCUGUUCCAUUUAAGCUCAGUUCAGACCACAGAUUCACCAUGACACAAGAUGAAACUGGUCAUGUGACGGGCUGCUCUGCUACUUUCUGUAAAAACUACCAGUUCACACCCCUGCAACUAAGAGAGAUGAUGCAUCAGUUUUAAGUGAUCCAUUUUUGUGUUAUUGUGCAAUAAAUUUGUCUCCAUGCAAA